UUUUCCCAGGGAAAGCGGCCGGUCGUCCCCACUAGCAGCCACCCUGCCUUUUGUUUGUUUUCCUGCCGGAGGCUGGAAAGCGUCCGGGUUCCUGCUGCUGUAGCAUGCGCCGCGCGGCCGGGGCCACUCGCCGGUCCUCCCGGGCGUCCCCGCACCGAGCCCUCGGCCUGUCCUAGCAGGGCUCGCCCGGUCCCGGGUCCCGCGCGGGCGGCUGCGCCCCUCUCGCCGCCGAGCUGCGCUCACCGCAGGGACGGGCCCCCGCCUGCGUUCGCGGCGCCAGCAGAAGACUAAUCUUCGAAAAUAUGUAUUUGGGAGAUAGUCACGUUCUGUUGAAUACAUUGUGCUGGUGCUGCCAUCGAAAAAUCUGGUUACACUCUGGGGAGGCCUUCUACCACUGCAGGACUCAACCGCCGCGGCUCUGA